AUGGUGAAGAGGAAGAGUUCAGAGGGGCAGGAGCAGGAGAGGCAUCGGGGGAUCCCACUUCCCAUACAGAUAUUCCUGUGGAGACAAACUAGCGCAUUCUUAAGACCAAAGCUUGGCAAACAGUAUGAAGCCUCUUGUGUGUCAUUUGAAAGAGUCCUGGUUGAGAAUAAACUACACGGCCUCUCCCCUGCCCUGUCUGAAGCCAUACAGAGUAUCUCCAGAUGGGAAUUAGUCCAGGCUGCUCUACCCCAUGUUUUACAUUGCACAGCCACGCUGCUCUCCAACAGGAACAAGCUAGGGCAUCAGGAUAAGCUUGGUGUUGCAGAAACCAAGCUUCUUCACACUCUUCACUGGAUGCUUCUGGAAGCUCCUCAGGAUUGCAACAAUGAUAGGUUUGGUAGUGACAGAGGCUCCAGCUGGGGAGGAGGUAGCGGUGCUUUCAUCCACCAGGAAAAUCAAGGUUCUCCAGCACAGUCCAGGCAGAGCAACGCAAAUGAAGAAGAUGAGAACAACCGAAGGAAGUUCCUCCAGAAUUCUAUGGCCACAGUGGAGCUCUUUGUUUUCUUAUUUGCUCCUCUAGUUCACAGGAUUAAAGAAUCAGACUUGACAUUUCGCCUUGCUAGUGGACUAGUUAUUUGGCAGCCAAUGUGGGAACACAGACAUCCUGAAGUUCCUGCUUUUACAGCACUGGUGAAACCCCUUCGGAACAUCAUCACAGCAAAACGAAGUUCUCCAUGCAACAGUCAGAACAAAGUGGUGGAUUCCCCAAAGCAGAGCACAGGUUCCACAGAGGGGUUUGAAGUGGUUUCUGAAGUUGCCCAUCCAGGAGACCUAGUACCUCCAAGACCUACUGUAUCCAGCUGCCAGAGAGCCAACUCAUUUGAUGGUUGCACUACAUCCCAAACCUCACAGGGCAGAGGACUGCCCUUUCCAAGACCUUCUUUUGUGAUUCCUCCGUGCCAAAAAUCCCGUUAUGCCACUUAUUUUGAUGUGGCCGUUUUGAGGUGUUUGCUGCAGCCUCACUGGUCAGAAGAAGGAACUCAGUGGUCACUCAUGUACUACCUUUAUCGACUUAGGCAUAUGUUGGAAGAGAAACCAGAAAAGUCUCCUGAACCUGAGGAACUCCCUCUCCCACGGCCUCGCAGUAGCUCCAUGGUGGCAGCAGCACCUUCCCUUGUAAACACCCAUAAAACCCAGGAUAUGACCAAAUGCAAUGAAGAGGACAGGGCACUGGGCACAGAGCCAUAUGCCAAAGUAUCAUUGACUAAUCUUCGAAGAUCUGCAAUACCAGAUCUCUCCUCAGAUAUUGGAAUCAACAUUUUCAAGAGGCUGAGGACCAGAAGAGAUGACAGAGAGCGGAAGGGAUCAAUUCCAUAUCAUCACCAUGGGAAGAAGCGGCAACGUAGGAUAGGGAUGCCCUUUCUACUGCACGAAGACCACUUGGACGUAUCCCCGACCCGCAGUACGUUUUCCUUUGGGAGUUUUUCUGGUAUUGGAGAGGACAGGCGCACUAUUGAGAAAGGGGGCUGGCAAACCACAAUAUUAGGUAAACUUACAAGGCGUGGAAGCUCCGAUACAGCAACUGAAAUGGAGAGCUUGAGCGCAAGGCAUUCUCACUCCCAUCAUACUUUGCUUAGUGAUCUUCCUGACCACUCCAACAGCCAUGGAGAAAAUCCAUCUAAAGAUGUGAGGUCCCAAAUUUCUACCAUAACUGUGGCCACCUUCAACACUACUCUUGCAUCAUUCAACGUUGGCUAUGCUGACUUUUUUGCUGAUCACAUGAGAAAGCUCUGCAAUCAAGUGCCCAUCCCUGAAAUGCCACAUGAACCUCUUGCCUGUGCCAAUCUACCACGUAGCCUCACAGAUUCCUGCAUUAACUACAGCAGCCUGGAGGACACAGACCACAUAGAUGGCACCAACAAUUUUGUCCACAAGAAUGGAAUGCUGGAUCUAGCGGUUGUUCUUAAAGCCGUAUACCUUGUUCUGAACCAUGAUAUCAGUUCCAGGAUCUGUGAUGUAGCCCUGAAUAUUGUAGACUGUCUGCUCCAGCUGGGAGUUGUGCCCUGUGUCGAGAAAAAGAGAAAAAAGAGCGAAAACAAGGAAAACGAACCCUCUAUUAUAUCAGCUUCAGGUAGUGGGGAAAAGAGGCAAAGUGAAGGAAACUUCCAGAUGAAAGGAGCUUCCCGUGGAUCAAGCUGUGGCUUUACAGCUGCUUCUAGUGGUGGAACAGGAAGCGGAGGCGGCGGAGGAGAUGAUGGUGACAGUCAACACAAGAAUGAAAAAAAUGAUGAAAAGGAUGAGAAUGUCCCAGCAACCACCCACAAAUUGGCGCUCACCAUGCUCAUCAAACUGGUGAAAUCAUUAGGCUGUGCCUAUGGCUGUGGUGAAGGUCAUCGCGGGUUGUCUGGAGAUCGUCUAAGGAAUCAGGCACAAAGCUGUCUCACUAAGCUGUAUAAACUGGAUAAAGUGCAAUUCCGGCAAACAAUGAAAGAUUAUGUUAAUAAAGAUUCUCUUAAUAAUGUGGUCGACUUUCUCCAUGCACUUCUAGGAUUCUGCAUGGAGCCAGUAACCGACAAUAGGGCUGGGUUUGGAAACAAUUUUGCAACAAUGGACAAUAAGUCUACAGCUCAAAAUGUAGAGGGUAUCAUCGUGAGCUCCAUGUUUAAGUCUCUGAUCACUCGCUGCGCUUCAACAACACACGAGCUACACAGUCCUGAGAACCUGGGAUUGUACUGUGAUAUUCGACAGCUUGUACAGUUUAUCAAAGAAGCCCAUGGCAAUGUAUUUCGACGGGUAGCACUCAGUGCCUUGCUGGACAGUGCAGAGAAACUGACUCCUGGGAGAAAAUCGGAGGAUUCCCAACAGGAACCAAGAUCUUCAGCAAUCAAAAGACCAGAAGAUUUGAGCGCUCCUGAAAAGGGCCGAGUAUCCUAUGCGCCCGAGGAGUGCCGAAGUUGCAUCUCUAGCCACCCCCCACAGACUCCAGAGCACAAUGCAGAUAACUUAAAUGUUCACCCUGAUCUAUCUCGCAGUGAUGAGCAAAUGCAAGGUGCAGGGUUAGGUCGUAAAGAUUUCUGGCGAAAGGUGUUCAAAUCACAGAGUGCUGCCAGUGACACCAGUAGUCAGUCAGAACCGGACACUUCAGAAUGCACCACGGCUCAUUCCGGUAACACCAACGAGAAGCGUUCAAGAUCCAGAUCCCGGCGGAUUUCAUUACGUAAAAAGCUAAAACUUCCUCUAGGCAAUUGGUUGAAACGUUCGUCCCUCUCUGGGCUCACGGAUGGUGUUGAAGAUCUUCUGGACAUCAGCUCGGUAGACCGUUUAUCAUUCAUCAGACAGAGCUCUAAGAAUGCCGCUGGCUUUAGGAAGAGCUUGCCAGCACAGGAGAUGGGGGAGACAGAUAAAAAGGUGAAAUUUACAAGCGCUGUAAAGUUGUCAGAAGCAGGGCCCGGAUCAGGGAUGGAUGGCGGAAGAGAUGAAGAAGAGAAUUUUUUCAAGCGUCUUGGAUGCCACAGCUUUGAUGACCAUGGUGCCAACAAUCAGGAGUCUGGGAAAAGCAAAAAUGUGGUCAAUUUGGGAGCAAUAAGACAAGGGAUGAAACGAUUUCAGUUCCUGCUUAACUGCUGUGAACCUGGGACUAUACCCGAUGCCUCAAUUUUGGCUGCAGCUUUAGAUUUGGAAGCUCCUGUGGUGGCCAGGGCUGCCCUCUUCCUGGAAUGUGCCCGCUUUGUACACAGAUGUAAUCGGGGAAAUUGGCCAGAAUGGAUGAAAGGACAUCAUGUCAACAUUGCCAAAAAAGGCCUUUCACGAGGUCGCUCCCCUAUUGUGGGCAAUAAACGAAACCAGAAACUGCAAUGGAAUGCAGCCAAGCUCUUCUACCAGUGGGGAGAUGUGAUAGGUGCCCGCCUCAAUGAAAUAUGUCACAGUGAAAGUGAAAGUCCAGCCAAUCUGCUGGGACUUAUCUAUGAUGAAGAAACCAAGAGAAGGCUGAGGAAAGAGGAUGAGGAAGAAGACUUUUUAGAUGACAGUUCUGUAAAUCCAACAAAAUGUGGCUGCCCUUUUGCCCUGAAGAUGUCUGCAUGUCAGCUACUUCUGGAAAUCACCACUUUCUUGAGGGAAACCUUCCCAUGUCUGCCAAGGCCUAGGGCUGAACCUCUGGUGGAUCUUGAGACCUGCCGCCUACGUUUGGAUCCAGAGAUGGACCGGCACCGGUAUGAAAGGAAGAUAAGCUUUGCUGGUAUCUUGGAUGAGAAUGAAGACUCUAAGGAUUCUCUACACAGCAGCAGCCACACCUUGAAAUCAGACACAGGUUAUGAGGAGAAGAAAGUUCCCAGCAGGAAGAUCAGGAUAGGAGGCUCCCGCCUGCUCCAGAUUAAAGGAACCCGCAGUUUCCGGGUGAAGAAAGGGGGCUCCCUGUCCAGCAUUCGCCGGGCCGGCAGCCUAAAGAGCACCAAACUAACACGACAGGACUCGGGGUCCGAGAAUGAGGACAUCCAGCUGUCACAAAGCAGGGACACUGUUACUGACAUAGAAGGGAGUCCUUGGAGCGCUAGUGAGCCCAGUAUAGAGCCCGAUGGAAGCAACAUUGGCACAGAAGAAAGCUACCACCGUAAUAUGUCUUGGCUGCAUGUUAUGAUCCUACUGUGCAACCAACAAAGCUUCAUUUGCACCCAUGUGGAUUACUGCCACCCACACUGCUAUUUACACCACAGCCGUUCAUGUGCUCGGUUGGUAAGAGCCAUUAAAUUGCUCUAUGGAGAUACUGUGGAUUCACUCAAGGAGGACAACUUGGGUAUUGGCUCCGGGCUUAGAGGCAAAAAAAUUAAAGAGUGCUCAGAUAAAUCUUGCCUCCGAACUCCGUCUUUGAAGAAGAGGGUCACAGAAGCAAACUUGGAGGGCAAGAAGGACAGUGGGAUGCUGAAGUAUAUAAGGCACCAGGUUAUGAGCUUGUCUCCUGCUCCUCUGUCUUUGUUGAUCAAGGCAGCCCCUAUACUGACAGAGGAAAUGUAUGGGGACAUACAGCCAGCUGCAUGGGAGCUCCUAUUGAGUGUGGAUGAGCACAUGGCAGGAGCUGCAGCUGCCAUGUUCCUGCUUUGUGCCGUGAAGGUACCAGAUGCAGUCUCCGAAAUGCUAACUUCAGAGUUCACGCAUCCAGAGACAGGGCAGAGACUGAAUGCUAUUCUGAAAUUUCACACACUCUGGAGGUUCAGAUAUCAGGUUUGGCCAAGAAUGGAAGAAGGAGCACAGCAGAUUUAUAAGAUUCCUCCUCCCAGCAUUAACUUCACAUUACCCUCUCCCAUCUUGGGUAUGCCAUCUGUUCCAAUGUUUGAUCCACCUUGGGUUCCCCAGAGCAGUGGAAGUGUUCAAGACCCGAUUAGUGAGGAUCAGUCUAAAUCUUUCUCUGCUCGUGCUGUGUCACGAUCCCACCAGCGGGCUGAACACAUUCUCAAGAAUCUCCAACAAGAAGAAGAAAAGAAGCGUUUAGGCAGAGAGGCCAGUCUUAUCACAGCCAUACCAGUGACACAAGAGGCAUGCUAUGAGCCAACCUGCUCCCCUAACUCUGAGCAAGAAGAAGAAGUAGAAGAAGCCACCAAUCUGAAUUCCCGUCGUCUGUCGGUGAGCCCAUCCUGCACUUCAAGUACUUCUCAUCGCAAUUAUUCAUUCCGCCGUGGUUCUGUGUGGUCAAUUCGGUCUGCUGUGAGCGCAGAAGAUGAGGAGCAUGCAACAGAGCAUACUGCAAAUCACCAUGUGUCUCAACCACCCCAGCCUGUAUUCCCAGCAUGCAUUUGUGCUGCUGUACUGCCAAUUGUUCAUCUGAUGGAGGAUGGAGAAGUCCGUGAAGAUGGAGUGGCAGUGAGUGCCGUAGCUCAGCAAGUGCUUUGGAAUUGUUUAAUCGAAGAUCCGUCCACUGUCCUGAGACAUUUCCUGGAAAAAUUAACUAUUAGUAAUCGACAGGAUGAGCUAAUCUACAUGUUGAGAAAACUGCUGUUAAACAUUGGAGAUUUCCCUGCACAAACAUCCCACAUUCUGUUCAACUACCUGGUAGGGCUUAUCAUGUAUUUUGUACGUACACCGUGCGAAUGGGGAAUGGAUGCCAUUUCAGCAACCUUGACCUUCCUGUGGGAAGUGGUUGGAUAUGUGGAAGGCUUAUUUUUCAAAGACCUGAAGCAAACAAUGAAAAAGGAACAAUGUGAGGUUAAACUUCUGGUGACAGCGUCCAUGCCAGGUACAAAGACCCUAGUGGUUCACGGGCAGAAUGAAUGUGACAUCCCUACCCAGCUGCCAGUACAUGAAGACACCCAGUUUGAAGCCCUGCUGAAGGAAUGUCUGGAAUUCUUCAACAUAUCGGAUUCACAGUCUGCAAAUUAUUUUCUGAUGGAUAAGAGAUGGAAUCUGACUCAUUAUAAUAAGACCUACGUACGUGACAUCUACCCAUUCCGAAGAUCAGUGUCACCACAACUGAAUCUGGUGCAUAUGUCCCCUGAAAAAGGCCAAGAACUAAUCCAGAAACAGGUUUUUACCCGAAAACUGGAGGAAGUAGGAAGAGUUCUCUUUCUCAUAUCAUUGACUCAGAAGAUUCCUAGUGCACAUAAGCAGUCUCAUGUUUCCAUGCUACAAGAAGAUCUCUUGCGCCUGCCAUCAUUUCCGCGUAGUGCUAUUGAUGCAGAAUUCUCACUUUUUAACGAUCCUCAAGGUGGGAAGGAGCUGUUUGGUUUGGACACACUUCACAAGAGCCUGUGGAUAAAGCUUCUUGAAGAGAUGUUUUUGGGGAUGCCCAGUGAAUAUCCCUGGGGGGAUGAGAUAAUGCUCUUCCUUAAUGUUUUUAAUGGAGCUCUGAUUCUUCACCCAGAGGACAGCGCCCUCCUCAGACAAUAUGCUGCUACUGUCAUUAACACAGCUGUACAUUUCAACCAUCUGUUCUCACUCAGUGGUUACCAGUGGAUUCUACCAACUAUGCUGCAGGUUUAUGCUGACUAUGAGAGUAACCCACAGCUUCGCCAAGCCAUUGAGUUUGCCUGCCGACAGUUCUAUGUACUACACCGCAAACCGUUUGUACUUCAGUUGUUCGCCAGCGUUGCUCCUCUUCUUGACCUUCCUGAUGGAGCAAGCAGUAGCUCAUCCGGUAAGGGGGUGUCUUCUCAGUGCCUGUUUGACCUUCUACAGUCUCUGGAAGGGGAAACGCCUGACACUCUUGAUAUACUGGAAUUGGUAAAAGCUGAACGGCCCCUUAAAUCAUUAGAUUUUUGCUAUGGCAAUGAAGACAUGGCUUUCUCCAUUAGUGAAUGCAUCAAGCUAUGUGUGACCGUGGUAGCGUAUGCUCCAGAGUCAUUCCGCAGCCUCCAGAUGUUGAUGGUGUUGGAAGCACUGGUUCCUUGCUAUCUGCAGAAGCUAAAACACCAGACAUCCCAGUUGGAGACUGUUUCAGCUGCACGAGAAGAAAUUGCUGCCACUGCUGCUCUGGCCACGUCUCUGCAGGCCCUCCUGUACAGUGUAGAAGCAUUGACAAGGCCCAUGACUGCUCCUCAAAUGAGUCGAGGUGACCAGGGCCACAAAGGUGCAACAACAGCAAAUCACACAAUGUCAGCUGGAGUCAACUUGAGAGAUAACCUUCACCUCCUGGAAGAAGGUCAAGGGAUGCCCAGGGAAGAACUGGAUGAAAGAAUCGCACGGGAAGAGUUUCGGAGACCACGAGAGUCUCUUCUUAAUAUCUGCACCGAGUUUUACAAACAUUGUGGCCCUAGGUUAAAAAUUCUUCAAAACCUAGCUGGAGAACCACGAGUCAUCUCACUGGAACUGCUAGAUGUCAAGUCACACAUGAGGUUAGCAGAGAUAGCCCAUUCACUCUUGAAGCUGGCGCCUUAUGACACACAGACUAUGGAGAGCAGAGGCCUGAAGCGUUACAUCAUGGAGAUGCUUCCCAUCACGGACUGGUCAGCAGAGGCAGUGCGACCAGCCCUUAUCCUUAUCUUAAAAAGGCUGGAUCGUAUGUUUAAUAAAAUACACAAAAUGCCAACUUUAAGGCGACAGGUUGAGUGGGAACCUGCCAGCAAUUUGAUAGAAGGGGUUUGUUUGACACUUCAGAGGCAGCCCAUCAUUUCCUUCCUGCCUCACCUUAGGUCUCUGAUCAAUGUUUGUGUGAAUCUGGUUAUGGGUGUAGUGGGGCCCUCUAGUGUUGCUGAUGGAUUACCCCUUCUCCAUCUCAGCCCAUAUCUCUCCCCUCCUCUGCCCUUUAGCACAGCAGUUGUCAGGCUGGUGGCCCUGCAGAUACAGGCAUUAAAAGAUGACUUCCCUCUGAGCCAUGUGAUUUCACCUUUCACUAACCUGGAGAGAAGAGAAGGGAUGUUACUAAACCUGCUCAUUCCCUUCGUGCUAACAGUUGGAUCAGGAAGCAAAGAUAGUCCCUGGUUGGAGCAGCCUGAAGUGUUCUUGCUGUUGCAGACUGUGAUAAACAUUCUUCUUCCCCCACGUAUUAUCAGUACUUCCCGCAGUAAGAACUUUAUGCUGGAAAGCUCACCAGCUCACUGCUCCACCCCAGGAGAUGCUGGGAAAGACCUGCGCAGAGAAGGGCUUGCUGACUCCACAAGUCAAGCUGCCUAUCUUGCUCUGAAGGUUAUUCUGGUCUGUUUUGAAAGGCAACUGGGAAGUGAAUGGUAUCAGCUUAGCCUACAAGUGAAAGAGAUGGCCCUCAGGAAAGUUGGUGGUUUAGCUCUAUGGGACUUCUUGGACUUCAUUGUAAGAACAAGGAUCCCAAUAUUUGUACUCUUGAGACCCUUCAUCCAGUGUAAGCUGUUGGCACAACCAGCAGAGAACCAGGAUGAGCUAAGUGCACGUCAACACAUAGCAGACCAGCUAGAGCGACGCUUCAUCCCACGGCCUCUGUGCAAAAGUUCUCUCAUCAAUGAAUUUAAUAGUGAACUGAAGAUCCUUAAGGAGGCCGUACAUAGUGGAUCAGCAUACCAAGGGAAGACGUCCAUCAGCACAGUUGGCACCUCCACCUCAGCUUAUCGCUUGAGUUUGGCCACAAUGUCUCGCUCCAAUACAGGCACUGGGACUGUUUGGGAGCAAGACAGUGAGCACUCACAGCAAGCCUCUCAGGACACACUAAGUCGUACGGAUGAAGAAGAAGAAGAAAAUGACUCUGUGAGCAUGCCCAGUGUGGUAAGUGAACAGGAUGCUUACCUCUUGAGUGCCAUUGGUAGAAGACGUUUCUCAAGUCACACAUCCAGCUUGUCUGUCCCCCAGGCUGAGGGUGGCAUGCUUCCCAGCCAAAGCGAACCUAAUGUUCUUGACGACUCCCAUGGCCGUGAUGGCGAGAUCAGCCUGUCUAGGGUAGCCAGUGUGCAGAGUGAACCAGGUCAUCAGAACCUUCUCAUUCAACCACCAUUGGGAAGGAAGAGAGGUCUGAGGCAGCUACGAAGGCCUUUACUUUCACGCCAGAAAACUCAAACUGAACCAAGGAGUCGUCAUGGGGCAAGACUGUCAACAACUCGCAGAAGUAUACAGCCCCGUGCCAAGCAAAUACGUGAAGAAGAUCAAAAAACAGUGGAUCAGAAAAGAUCAGUAACCUUUACUGAAAACCAGCCUCAGCCUUCUACAUCGCAUGCUGAGGUUCCUCCAUUACCCUCACGUUCUGGCUGUAGUCCUGCUCCAUCUGUCAAACAAGCAUCUUCAGAAAGUCCUGUUCUCAGAGCCUCUCCAUCGAUCACUGUGGCUGAUCUCCACAGCCAGACUGACAGUCAGAGAAGAUCCCACUUCCUGGGGAGGGAAGACUCAGAGUCCAGUCGGGGAGCAGCAGUCCCUCUUCUCCACAGCUCCCCGUCCUUCCAUCUCUCUGAUCCUGAAGACUUUGGUGGUCUGGAAACUAGCAGCUUGCUUCAGUACACAGACACCGUUCUCCACAUCACUGAGGACAAUGGGAUGGAGAACCCCCUUGUGUCAGGACAUUUUCAUUUCAGUCAGAUUGAACUUGGGGAGACGGACAUUGAUUUGGAUGAAUCUCAUGUUUAGCCUUGAGAUUUUGUCAGCUACAUUCUUCUCUGUUGACUGUGCUUUGUUUUCUCACUCAUGCCUAUAGACAAAGUGCAAAGCACUUUCUGGCCCUCCCUUGUAAUCCUGUUGUGUUUGCUUAGGAGGGUGUCCGUGAAUAUGCUGCUUAUCUGAUUUGCUGCUUUGUUUUUGGGUGAACAUAGUUAAAUAUGCUGCCUCACGUAGGACCAAAGAAUGCAAAUGAAAUCCCAACCGUAGCCAACCCUACCUGUAUGUGAUUUACCUGUGACCCAUCAAUACCAGAGCACACCCCAGACCGAGCGUAUGUGAUUCCACGUCAGUGCUGCUUUACACAGUGAUUGAGAGGCCUUACAUGCAACUAGAACAUUUCUUAGUUAUCGAUACCAUAUCAAUGCUUUGCAAUGUUUCUUUCUAUUGUAUUAAUGUUAUAGAAAUUACAUUUUUACAGAAGGGAAACACAAUGUAACAUAUUCACGGAGGUGGUAACGGAGCGAAGGAAAUUAUAUCAUAGUCUUAAAAAGUAACUUUUUAUGCAGAUGCUUCAGAUAUUCGGUGUUUCCUGCCAUAUUUUACACUGUAAUGCAUUUAGCAUUUUGAGGGUUGAUUCCCCGAAUCCAUAAGACAUAUACAUGGCCUUAUCUAUAAACAUUGGGUUGGUUGUAGAGAUAUCAAUCCCAGAUGGGCCUCAGCACUUUAGGAGUCAUAACUGGGCCGAUGGUUCACCCAGCCUGCCCUAUACGAAUGAAUAUAUUUUAUAAUGCAUAUAGAUUCUAUAGAAUUUGAAAUCAUGUGAUGAUUUUAUAGUGGAGUCCAGGACAUCCCAGCUAGUUUUCUGGAAGGGGUAGGUUCACAUGGGACGGAUACGCGCUGUGGAUCUGCCCCUGUAAAUUUGCGUGCAGCAAAUUCUCCUCAUUUUACAGUAUCAGCAAUGUGGAUGAAAUGUUAUCGACACACUGCAGAAAAGAUCCCCAGUGCAAAUUGACCUGCAUGGCAAACUUUAAAUCUACCUGACCUUUAAGGACAAUCAUCAGCAAAGUCUGCAGCAAAUCAGCAGUGGACAUUCUGCAGGAGAUCUCUCAAUGAUUUUGCUGCAGAUCAGCCAUUUUCACCAAAUUCACAUAUAUUUUUUUUAAAUACUACGGAACUUCUGCAUACAAAUCCUCAGUGCCAAAUCUUCAGCGUAGUCAUGCCAUAUGGACAACAUCUUAAAAUUGUCAAG